GAAUGCGGAGCGCGCUGCGCGCACCCUAUCCAUGUCUCCGGAACGCGCACGGAGGCGGUCCGGUUGCUUCAGUUUCUCUCGGCUGUUUCUGUCUGUGUACGUUCCAGUACCGAAAGAGAGUGAGAGAUACGGGGAUACUUAACAUCAGGGUUAACAACGGCGAAUUUUAGCACGGACAACCACAUACCCCGAUACUGACAGGUUUGCCAGAAAAAAAGGCAUUUAUUUACUCAACAAAGAGGCAACAUUCUGUUCCAUAAUUCUGUUUAAAGACCAGACGUUGACGGACGCUGUGGCCAAAGGACCAAGAUGUCCAGUGAAGUGCAAAGACCUGACGACAGCCCCAGUACAAGUGGGGGGAGCUCUGAUCUAGAUCAGCGGGACAGUGUUCAACAAGAACAAGAAAGAGAACAAACGCAGCCGAAGAAAAAAGAGACAAAAAUCUCAAGCAAAACCGCUGCAAAGCUUUCAACAAGCGCCAAAAGGAUUCAAAAAGAGCUAGCAGAAAUAACACUGGACCCUCCUCCUAAUUGCAGUGCUGGUCCUAAGGGAGAUAACAUCUAUGAAUGGAGGUCAACAAUCCUGGGACCCCCUGGGUCAGUGUACGAGGGAGGCGUCUUCUUCCUGGACAUCACGUUUUCACCUGACUACCCUUUCAAACCUCCCAAGGUGACUUUCCGGACGAGAAUCUACCACUGUAAUAUUAACAGCCAGGGAGUGAUCUGCCUGGAUAUCCUAAAAGACAACUGGAGCCCAGCACUGACCAUCUCCAAGGUUCUCUUAUCUAUCUGCUCGCUCCUUACAGACUGUAACCCUGCUGAUCCACUCGUCGGAAGCAUUGCCACUCAGUAUCUCACCAACAGAGCAGAGCAUGACAGAAUAGCCAGGCAGUGGACCAAGAGAUAUGCCACAUAAGAAUCCACUACGGAACGUUCGUUAAACUGUAAAAGCACAUUCACUAAGUGCAACCGUAGACCAUCCCUUUACCUUGUACCUUUUGUUUACCUUUUUGUGAAAAAAAACUGUCCUUUGUUCCUUGCUGACUUGAAAGCUUCUUUUUUUUAUAUACAAAGAGUAGAUGGGGAUUUUUGUUUUUUAAUUCAUUGACUGUUGGAAAUGUUAUAGAAAAAAAAGCAUUAUUAUUACCCAGCCAUGUAUAUGUGUUGUUUUUCUUUUAAUUGGUCCCUGGAACAAAUUCAGAUUAUAUCUUGUUUCUACUUCAAAGUAGUGUUUAGAAUAAUGUUUUUGUACUUAAGUCAUUAAUGGUGGGUGCAUGUUAACAGGAUGAAGAUUGGUAUUUACCUUAAAACAGUAAUCACUGUGCAUCUCACAAACUGUGUUCAUCAUCUACCUUUUGAUUUUUAAAAAAGGUUGUUGAUGUAAGUAAGGAAUUAUGUAUUUUUAAGAUCUACAUAAAAAUGUGGUUGUAAAUUUCCUAGUUACCUGCCACUUCUGACUGUGGAUCAGUUUGAUGUACACUUGUAUUAUUAAAUCACUGAAUAAAACACUGUGGCUGAAAAUAAA